AUGAAAUUUUUUUUUUUUUUUUUACCAAAAAAAUUUACUAUAAAAUUAUAUAUCAAUUUAAAAAAAAUAAAUUUUCCUUUCCGUGAACAAAAAAAUUGUUUUAUUCGCUUGCUGAGGGGGAUAGGAAGAAAUAAAAUGGUAAUGCCGACAGAAGUUGGAUUCUGUACUGGUAUGGCCCGCCCCGAUGAAACUUGAAAAAUACUUUUGAGUUAG